CCUGCCGUCUAAUUUUAAGAAGAGGGCGACGAUAACGAGCCGAGGAUCGUCGUCGCCUCGCCAUCUCGAGGAUUAACGAUUGCAAAAGUACUUGUAAUCGACGAAACUAUUCCACAGUUUCGAUCCCUACACUGAACGACGACAAUCAAACCGGAAACUGGCUGGCCGUUAUCACACGUUCAACCAUCGCCCUAGAAGGGCUGAACGACCAAGUGUGAAUAGUGUUGAGUGAAGCUAGUCGCGAGUGAGGGAAACACAGCCGCUACGGUGGCUCAGCACGCAGAGUUCCCCGGCGCUGCCAGGGCGUUCAUGGCUCAGCCAAGGUACGACGACGGCGGGCUGCACGGUGGAUACCUGGAAGGCGGCGGGGGCGGGGGUGGAGGGCUCUACGACCCCCAUGGUAGUGCCCGGGGGGUUCCGGGCCUCCACCACAGUCCCCACCUCGGGGGAAUGGGACCCGCACACCCCCAGUACCCACCUCCACCGCCCCAACCCCCGCAGCACGUCUUGGCGGCGGCGGCAGCCGCUGCGGCCUCGGCUGUACCCGACGUCCAUAAACGCGACAAGGACGCCAUUUACGGACACCCGUUGUUCCCGCUCCUGGCAUUAAUAUUCGAAAAAUGUGAACUCGCGACGUGCACGCCGCGAGAACCUGGUGUUGCUGGUGGCGACGUGUGUUCCUCCGAAAGUUUCAACGAGGACAUUGCCGUGUUCUCCAAACAGAUCAGACAAGAAAAACCUUACUACAUAGCAGAUCCGGAGGUCGACUCGUUGAUGGUCCAGGCGAUCCAAGUCCUCCGGUUUCACCUCCUCGAGCUUGAAAAGGUCCACGAGCUCUGCGACAACUUCUGUCACCGGUACAUCAGCUGCCUGAAGGGCAAGAUGCCGAUAGACCUCGUUAUCGACGAACGGGACAGCACGAAACCUCCGGAGAUGGGCAACGGCCUCGACGGGGGUCCGAGGAGCACCGCGGACAGCACCAGCCAUACGGACGGCGCUAGCACCCCGGACGUAAGGCCACCCUCCUCGUCACUAUCGUACCCCGGACCGGGCGGCAAUGACGACGCACGUAGCCCCGGAAGUGGCGGCACUCCCGGACCCCUCAGCCAGCAGGCGCCCACAAGCCUGGACUCCUCUGACCCCGACGCCAUGGGCAAAUGGUGUCCGCGCAGAGAAUGGAGUUCGCCACCCGACGCCCAACGAGCUGCGAGUGACGCGGCGCGUCGCGGCGUUCUUUACUCCUCCGUCUUUCUCGGCAGUCCCGGUGACGCGAGUAAUGCGAGUAUCGGGAGCGGGGAAGGAACGGGCGAAGAAGACGACGACUCGUCGGGCAAGAAGAACCAAAAGAAGAGAGGGAUCUUCCCUAAGGUGGCGACCAACAUCCUGAGGGCGUGGCUCUUCCAACACCUAACGCAUCCCUACCCUUCGGAAGACCAGAAAAAGCAGCUCGCACAGGACACGGGGCUGACGAUCCUUCAAGUCAACAAUUGGUUUAUCAAUGCGAGACGUAGAAUCGUUCAGCCUAUGAUCGACCAGAGCAACAGAGCCGUGUUUCCGCCGUUGUCUGCAGGGCCGAGCGGGGCGUACAGCCCGGAAGCGACGAUGGGCUACAUGAUGGACGGACAGGCGGCCAGCAUGAUGCAUCGACCGCCGGGAGACCCCACCUUCCACAACCAGUACCACUACCCUCCGGAAUACUACGGCCACCCCUUAUAAAGCUAAAGGCGUUCGAACCGAGUGCAGGCGAGAACGAAGUUUGCGUCUGAUGCCGUAUCGCGCGUGAAUGGAUCUGCGGAUCACGGA